GCAGGACCCAUGCCAUACGCCAGGAUAACGUUUCAUCUGCGGGGUAACGCAUGCGUUGUAAAUGGACCAGAUCAGACCCUCCUCAGGACAAAUCGAGUCGUCAAGACAACUUCAAUCACACCGAGUCCAGUUUUGUCAUUGAAUACACGUCUUCCAACAGGUAUAAUCCGUUCGGGAUACUUUGCAAUGCAGUGUCCAUUCCAUUUAGCGGCCAAUGAGGUGUGCAGGACAGCAAAUCAUCAUCCAUAACGAGUGAAGAUAACCUAUGUAUCGGUGACCUCAAAUAACAGGUGCAAGAGCCACCUGGAACCAAUCCACCGUCUCAGUCACUUUGACAUUGUAUACUCCUCCAAGCAAACAUGUCUCUUCCCGAGAACACAACCGUGCUUAUUGUCGGUGCAGGCCCCGCGGGUCUCACAGCUGCUCUUUCUCUCGCCCACCACAGGUGCCAUGAUUUCGUUAUCGUGGAUGCCGUAGCCGAAGGACUGAGAAUGUCGAGGGCGGUCACCAUACACUCUGCAACCGUCGAGGCUUUAGCCAGCAUCGAUGCAGCAGAUGGCUUACUGUCUCAAGCCAUCAGGGGAAAGGGCUUCAAAAUCACAUCCCGCAGUUCGCAAAUUUUUGUGGCCAAAUUUGACUCUUUAAAAAAACAUUCCGCCCACCCUUACGCGCUCUAUAUCCCUCAAAAUGUAACGGAGCUUGUACUUGGGCAGAAGUUGCAGAGCCUUGGUGUUCAAGUGCAACGUCCGCACAGGGUAGUAGGAAUGAAACAGAACGAGAAGGACUCUCGCGUCACCGACGUGUCCUUUGAGGACGGUCAAGUUAUCAGAGCUAGAUAUAUUAUCGGCGCAGAUGGUGCCCACUCAAUUAUCCGUACCAUCGCCGGUAUGGGGUUCUCUGACCCAGACGGCCCGAACGCAGCCGAAAACGCAUUGGUUCAAAUGGUCUCUGCAGAUGUCACAUUUGAGCCUGAACCUGUCGAUCCAUUCACCCUCAAGGGCUACCUCAACGGCACGGUUUUUUCAGGCAAUUUCUUUUUUUUUGUACCGUUUGGCAACAGCUUCAAUGCCGAGCUCACAGGAGAUGGAAAGCCCACUACGAAAUCAAUCUUUCGCGUAGGUUGUGCCAUACCUGGAAAGAACGGAGAGCCCCCCCGUGCUCCACCAAAAGAGUACAUCCAGAAGCUGAUUGACACAUACGGGCCAGCAUGCAUAACAUCAGAUCCGUCCCUUAACCCGAGACCUGUCAAAAUCGAUCAGCUGGUCUGGUCAACACGUCACAGAAGCCAUUCCGCCAUCGCCGAUCGUAUCUUCACGCGUUUUGGAGCCGCUAUUUUUCUAGUUGGCGAUGCAGCCCAUAUACAUUCCCCUGCUGGCGGCCAGGGCAUGAACCUGGGCAUGAGGGACGCGAUCUUCCUUACAGAGGCUAUCACGAAGCAUAUUCAAGCUUCUGCAGAGAAUCCCGAUGGGGAUGAUGCCAUUUUGCAGGAAAUUGCGGAAGCUCGUCACGCACGAGCACUAGAAAUCAUCGGCUUUACCAGUACACUUUCGAAUCUCGCAAGCCUUACGUACGAUCCAUAUGCUUGGUGGAUGCCGUUCAGUGGGGCCUCCUUCCGCGAUUUAGUGCUACGGAUAUUGGGCGGAUUUGAUUGUGUGCAGUCGAAGGUUGCAUGGGGCCUGAGUGGGCUUGGAAGACGGUAAUCGCAUAUUUUUGGAUGUUUUUAUACGAUAAUUCACGACAUUUGUAUUUCAUUUCUCAAGAUAGGAUAAACAUAAUUCUAUCAAAUGUUCCAAACUUCAAA